AAAUGCUGAUGGUCUUUGCGUCCUUUUUCAAACAUUUUUGAAAUUCCCUUUCAAUGACUGACUUUUGAGAUCAGGGUUUUUCUAGAGAUGGGUUCUCUGAAGUCUUCAACACCAGGAAUGUAAAAUCCAAUAAUGAAGAGUGCAUCAUCACUAAUAACUACCUUUCUUUACUCUCAGGAACAAAAAACUUGUCAUCAAUUUUCCUAACAAACAUGUUACCAAUUGUUUAUUUACAAAGUAUUAUGUUAACUACAGUUGGGUCUCUGUAAAUACCCAAAUACUCUGAAAAAAAUAUUUCCACUGAAGUGAAAGAUACACCUGCAGUGAAAUUAGGGAUCACAUUCAAUCAGUAGUGGAAAAUGUGUACCUCAGUAGGACAAAAUGUGAGUCUAUUCUCCAGUGGUGUUAAAGUAAGUGGAAUAGCUGAAAGAAUAAUUAACACAGCAGUUUACAGUAUGGAUUCCUAGAAUCUAUUACUUACGGUUUGGAGCCACAUGAUGUCGCUCUGUACCAUAAAAUUGACCUGACAGGGAAAGAAAGAAAGAAAAUCCCUCCUAUUCUUAUUGUAAAGAAGCUACAUUCACCAUCCAGAUGCUGAAAAAUGGAGGAUGCAGUGGCACUGGACUGAACGGUUAGGAGAUCUUUGGAUUUUGAAACAAGAUCCCCUUACUGAGAACAAAGCACUGCGGGCUGGAGAUGGAGUUUUCCUGGGGAAGCGGCCAGGAAUCCCGGCGUCUGCUGCUCUCACUUCUGUUCCUCGCAGCUUGGAAGGCGGGGAGCGGCCACGUUCGCUACUCCAUCCCGGAGGAGGCCAAACACGGUACCUUCGUGGGCCGCAUCGCUCAGGACCUGGGGCUGGAGGUUGUGGAGCUGGUGCCGCGCCUGUUCCAGGUGGCGUCCAGAGGACGCGAGGACCUUCUGGAGGUAAAUCUGCAGAAUGGCAUUUUGUUUGUGAAUUCUCGGAUCGACCGGGAGGAGCUGUGCGGGCGGAACGCGGAGUGCAGCAUCCACCUGGAGGUGAUCGUGGACAGGCCGCUGCAGGUGUUCCACGUGGAGGUGGAGGUGAAGGACAUUAACGACAAUCCGCCUGUGUUCCCCGGAACACAGAAGAAUCUGUUUAUGGCUGAAUCCAGGCCGCUUGACUCUCAGUUUCCACUAGAGGGCGCCUCCGAUGCAGAUAUUGGGGCCAACGCUCUGCUGACAUACACACUGAGCCCUAAUGAGUAUUUCUCGCUGGAAAACCCAUCCAAUGACAAGCGGGUGAAACGUCUUGGGCUAGUAUUGAGGAAACCUUUAGACAGAGAAGAAGCUCCAGAGAUUUUUUUAGUGCUCACCGCCACUGAUGGCGGCAAACCUGAGCUGACUGGCACCGUUCAGUUACUCGUCAAAGUGCUGGACGCCAAUGACAACGCCCCAGCUUUCGACAGAACACUCUAUAAAGUGAAAUUACCAGAAAAUGUUCCUAAUGGAACGUUGGUAAUUAAACUUAAUGCCUCAGAUUUAGAUGAAGGCUCGAAUGGGGACAUUAUUUAUUCAUUUUCGACUGAUAUUUUACCAAAUGUGAAAUCCAAGUUCUACAUAGAUGGGAUUACUGGAGAAAUUAUGGUAAAGGGAUAUAUUGAUUUUGAAGAAAGUAAAUCCUAUGAAAUUCUUGUAGAGGGCAUUGAUAAGGGGCAGCCCCCACUCUCUGGCCAUUGUACAGUUAUGGUGGAAAUAGAAGACACCAAUGAUAAUGUCCCAGUAAUGGAAUUCAAGUCUUUGUCACUUCCAAUCAGAGAAGACGCUCCAUUGGGCACGGUCAUCGCCUUGAUAAGUGUGUCCGACCUCGACUCCAGUAUCAAUGGGCAGGUAUCUUGUACCCUGUCGCCCCACGUUCCCUUCAAGCUGGUGUCCACCUUCAAGAAUUACUAUUCGCUGAUAUAUCAUAAUUCCCCACCUUAA